AUGAUGGUGACAGCAGCGAAAGCGAAAACGAUGAUAAUAGGAAGCGAGAUAAAAAGAAAAGCAAAUCAAUUCGUAAAGAUACGGGUUACUCAACUGGUAGUUCUCACGACGAUAAAGGCCGUGGUGGGAAAGAGUCAAAGCGUCGAGAUAAAAAGAAAUCACGCAAGGAUGAUGAUAGUCCCGAAAGGUCAACAAAAAGACGAGGAAAAAGUCGUGAAAGCUCAAAAGAAGAAGAGGAAAAAUCAAAGCGUCGCUCAAAGAGGGACAAAAUUGAAGAAGAGUCCGCAAGUGAAAGAUCGACAAAAAAGAAAUCAAGAAAGAAACGUUCAGCCUCAAGCUCGUCAUCCAACUCGUCAGAUUAAAUGA